AUGAGUUCCAACAAUGGCAUUAUUGACACCUUCAGCCUCGGGGCCGCCAGUACAAACACCAGCAGUAGAUCUACGUCCACUGUCCGACCACGUACCCGCCGCUUGAUAUCGGUUGAUGAUGUUACCGACGAGGACUAUGGAAGACCAAUGCAGUCCACCGGGCUUUCCACCACAACGCUUUCAGGAGAAUCCUCCGCUAUCCGUUCGCGCGGUGCCACCCCAUCACCCCACACAUCCCGCGGAGCGUCACCCCUUCCAAUGCGGCAUCCUUCGCGCGCCACCGAAUCGUUUAAUCGAGAUAAUCUCAAUGGAUUUGGUGUUCCUCUAGGCGGGCUCGGUCAGACAGGGAAGGCACAGACCAAGUUCUCCGAUUCUUCGCGGGCUGCGGUGGAUUUCCUAGAUGUUUCUUGGACUUCCUUACAAAGCCUGGCUUCUUCUUUUCUGGGGAGCGAUAUUGCCCGAUCCGAAUCUAAUGGGACGGCACGAACGCAUUCGAGGAAGCCUUCUCGACCAGACCCGUGCAUGAGGGCUACUCCAAAGAUACCUUCAGCAUGGGGUCCGUCGGCCCCGUCCACAUCGGAAAUUGGAGCUGGAACAAAGGAAGAGAGACAGGCUAUGUUGCAGGCGAAGAAGCGGGAGGCUCUACUACUAGCAGAUACGGGUCUGGUGUCUAAUCGCGACACUCGGCACAAACGGCGAGAUUCCUGUGAUCAAACGGGCCAUUCGGCGAUCGAUCCAAAGCAGGACGAGGAUGCUUUAGCGUAUAUACAUCACGUUCAGCCCAACGACAGCAUCACCGGGGUUGCGAUCAAGUAUGGUUGUCAACCAGCGAUUUUCAGAAAGGCCAAUGGGUUUUGGCCCAGUGAUAGUAUCCAGAGCAGAAAGACCGUGCUCUUGCCGGUCGCUUCCUGUUCUGUGAAAGGACGGCCGGUCCGUGCCCAACCCGAAGUUGAUCUUCUGAGCGGCAGCGUUUCGAAUCGGGAUUCUCUAGAGGAUUUAAGUGGAAGCUCCAUAGCACCUGCACCAAGUUCAGGCACUCGAGCUUCCUCUGCCGAGGGCGAAGCAUCUACGGAAUUGCCGCUUGAAGGGGAGGCAGAUAGGAUCUGGAAGCAUCAGUCGUGGGUGCAGAUCGAUGGGUUUCCCGCGCCAGUAGAGAUCGGCCGCGUUCCUCGCAGAGCAUUGGGGUUCUUCCCCCGUACACGACGAAAAUCUCUGUCUUACACAGACUCCGAACCUCGUUCGUCGAUAUCCGGUCGCGAGCGGACGGCAACCCUAUCCUCAACUCUGUCUUCGCCGACAGAGUCACCAUCAUCGCAAGCGUUCACCGCACAGAAUCGAAGCACCACAGACCCUUCAAGGUCGCGAACCAUGUCUAAUGCCAAGCCGAGACCGCACCACCAACGACAACGUAGCAAUAUACAGCUCGUGGGAACAGGAGUCGGAACGCUCGAUCGCAGUGCGAUGGCUCCAGGACCAGCUCUCGAUGGAUUGAGUAAAUUUGUCGCACAACAUCUGCCAAAUUUAGCUCCUGCUCCUGCUCCCCCUAGCCUGGGAAGGACACCGUCCGAGUAUGCGUCGGCUACAGCUUCCACCGCCUCGACUAGCCUUGACAACAUAGGGGGUGCCGUCGAAGGCUGGGUGAGAAAAAUGACAACUCGAGCGAAAGCAGGUCUCAGCGACCUACAACAGGGCGCCCAAUCGUAUCAGGGCAAUAGCCGUGCGGGGACGAGACGUGGCAUGGGAGAUUUAAUUGAACUGAACGAUGGCUUGGAGUCAAGGAAUUCAUCUGGCCUUCUGGCAGGGAGUUUGCGGAAACCGGAUCUGAGCCGGUCGGGAUCAAACCUGCAUGACGCAUCCUCAUUGAGAGGACGUUUUUCCAGUCCUUCAUCAUCCGGAACGAGCAGGACUCGCACGGGUGGAUCAAACCUAGGCUAUGGCGACCGAGUGAAGGAUGACUGA